AUGACCCCCGUUCAAGGCGCCAUGCGACCCGCCUCGCGGUCUUUAAAAACGCUGGGAGGCUUGUUACGACAGGGCGAAAGCGUCGCACCCUUCGCCGGACGGAAUCGCUUUUCUAUCUCUCUGUCAUCAACAUACUACGCCAACCGCCGAGAACUGCACCAAGGCCCUGCCAGGAAAUCCCAAUCGGCGGCUGCCGCUUCCCAGUUAAAAGACUCCUCAAACCCCGCCCUUUCGUUCCCUUGUCUCGAUGCUCAAGAGGCCAAGUCCGCGCUCCUCUCCGCCCGGUCACUCGAGUCGGGUCCCGAGCCAUCGUAUACCACCGGUCAACAUGAGCAAUAUCAUUGCGAGGAACCAUUGCUCCUAGACUGGGGUGGUGUGUUACCCGAAUUUGACAUCGCAUAUGAGACAUGGGGUCAGCUCAAUGCUGACAAGAGCAACGCGAUCCUCCUACACACCGGUCUGUCGGCCUCGAGUCAUGCGCAUAGCACGGCAGCCAAUCCGAAGCCAGGCUGGUGGGAGAAGUUCAUCGGUCCAGGGAAGCCAUUGAACACAGACAAAUACUUCGUCAUUUGUACCAACGUCGUUGGUGGGUGCUAUGGCAGCACGGGUCCAUCGUCGGUCGAUCCUUCAGAUGGAAAGAGAUACGCUACAAGGUUUCCGAUCCUGACGAUAGACGACAUGGUGCGGGCACAGUUCCGCCUUCUGGACUCGCUAGGGGUCCAGAAACUAUAUGCUUCCGUGGGUUCUAGCAUGGGCGGCAUGCAAAGUCUCGCCGCUGGCGUCCUUUUCCCGGAGAGAGUCGGAAAGAUUGUCAGUAUCAGUGGAUGUGCCAGGAGCCAUCCUUACAGCAUUGCCAUGAGACACACCCAGCGCCAAGUGCUAAUGAUGGACCCCAAAUGGGCCCGCGGCUUCUACUACGACUCCAUCCCGCCCCACUCGGGGAUGAAGCUUGCGCGCGAAAUCGCGACAGUCACUUACCGCAGUGGUCCGGAAUGGGAGAAGCGGUUUGGCCGCAAACGCGCAGACCCCAGCAAGCAGCCGGCGCUGUGUGCGGACUUUCUCAUUGAGACCUACCUGGACCACGCGGGUGAGAAGUUCUGCCUAGAAUACGACCCCAACAGUCUGCUCUACGUUUCCAAAGCGAUGGACCUUUUCGAUCUGGGACACUCCCAGCAGGUGGAGACCAGGAGACGCAGGGCCGAGUACGAGGCGAGAAUUGCGCAAGGUGGCAAGACUCUCCGCUCGAGCAACAUCGCAUGCAGCCUCACCCUCCCCGAUAAGCCGUACGAGGAGCAGCCAUCUGUGACUGCCACGACCCCUGCGAUGAACCAGUCUGUAUCUGAUUUUAGCCCGGAAGGGCCACCCCAGGAUCUGGUCAAUGGCCUUGCCCCAUUGAAGAACCACCCGGUUCUUGUUAUGGGUGUCGCUAGCGACAUUCUCUUCCCUGCGUGGCAGCAGCGUGAGAUCGCGGAGACCCUCCGUGCUGGUGGAAACAACAACGUCGAGCAUAUUGAACUCGGCGAGGACGUAUCUCUGUUUGGUCAUGAUACAUUCCUUCUUGAUUUGAAGAACAUCGGAGGUGCGGUGGAAAAGUUCUUACAGUAA